AUGUCUGGAAUUUCAGGAAUAUUUAUCCUUAAUAAUAAAGGAAGAGUUAUUAUUCAAAGAGUUUAUCGUGCUGAUUUACAAGUGCAUGUAAUUGAAACAUUUAAUAAAAAAUUAGUUGAAUUUGAUGAAUUCAAUCAAAAGCCUAUUGUCUAAGAUGAGUUUGGAAAUACUUACAUUUAUAGAAAUCACAACAAUUUAACUUUUUUGAUCAUUACAAGAAGAAAUACUAAUGUUAUGAUGGUUUUUGCCUUCUUGUAUUAGUUUAUCGAAGUUUUAGUUCAUUAUUUUAAAGAGCUGGAAGAAGAAUCUGUCAGAGAUAAUUUUGUAGUAAUUUAUGAAUUAUUAGAUGAAGUUUUAGAUAAUGGAUAUCCUCAAAUUACUGACUGCAAAAACUUAUCUGAAUUUAUUAAAACAGAAAGUCAUGAGCUAGUUAAAGAUUCUUUCUUUGGAGGAAAAGAAAAAAAAGAAGAAAAUUUAUCAAAGUAUGCAACUAUGUCAACAGCAGCUAUUUCAUGGAGACCUGAAGGAAUUAAAUAUAAAAAGAAUGAAAUCUUCUUAGAUGUUUAUGAAAAGCUAAAUAUGCUAAUUGGUAAAACUGGUAACGUUAUUGAAGCUGAAAUCAUAGGUAAUGUAGUUGCAAAUUCUAUGCUUUCAGGUAUGCCUGACUGUAAGCUCGGCUUAAAUGAUAAAGCAUAUUUUGAAGCUAUAGGUAGAUCCACAAAUGCAAGAACAAUUAACUUUGAAGAUAUGAAAUUCCAUUAAUGUGUUCGUUUAUCUAAAUUUGAAAAUGAAAGGCUCAUUACUUUUAUUCCUCCUGAUGGUGAAUUCGAACUGAUUUCAUAUAGAAUUCCUGUUCAAAUUAAGCCUCUCUUCUAAGUGGAUGUAAUUAUUACCCAACCUAAACCAACUAAAAUUGAAAUAAUGGUAAAAGCCAAGUCUAAUUUUAAAGAGAAAUCAACAGCAAAUGAUGUCGACAUAUAUAUACCUGUUCCUGAAGAUGUAUAGAAACCAGAAUUUAAGUGUGCUUUUGGUAAAUCAAUCUGGGAUUAAGGACGCGAAGCUAUCAAAUGGAGCUUCAAGUAAUUUGUUGGUCAAAAAGAAUAUAUCAUGUAAUGCACUUUCAAUUUACCCACAGUUGCUUCUCCUGGUAGAGAAAAAUAUAAAUAAGUACCUAUUUCUAUUAAUUUCGAAAUUCCAUAUUACACUGUUAGCGGCUUCUAAGUUAGAUAUCUUAAAGUUGAAGAGAGAAGUGGCUAUAAUGCACUUCCAUGGGUUCGUUAUGUAACUAAAAAUGGCGAUUACUAAAUAAGAAUGUUUUGA